UAUUAAAAAAGUAAUAAACAAAUCCAAAAUGGCUCUACAAUCCCCUUCCUUUCUCUCUUCCAGUUCCCCUAUUCUCUCCCGCCACCAUCAUCACCACCCUCUCCUCCCUCCCAACCUCAAACGCAUCACCUCAAUCUCCACCGACCCAUCUAAGUCGGCGGCGGCGGCCUCCACCGCCUCACCUUCCAUCCCAACCAAAUGGAGCAUCGACAGCUGGAUGACCAAGAACGCUCUCCAGCUUCCCGAAUACCCAGACCAAAACGACCUCGAAUCUGUUCUCCAGACGCUAUCCACUUUCCCUCCGGUCGUCUUUGCCGGGGAGGCGAGGAAACUCGAGGAGAAGCUAGGACAAGCUGCUCUCGGCAAUGCUUUCUUGCUACAAGGUGGUGACUGUGCCGAGAGCUUCAAGGAGUUCAAUGCUAAUACCAUUCGUGACACUUUCAGGGUCCUUCUCCAGAUGGGUGUCGUCCUUAUGUUCGGUGGCCAAAUGCCUGUUAUCAAGGUGGGAAGAAUGGCAGGUCAGUUUGCCAAGCCAAGAUCAGAUCCAUUCGAGGAGAAGGAUGGGGUGAAGCUUCCGACUUACAGAGGUGACAAUAUAAAUGGUGAUUCUUUCGAUGAGAAAGAACGUGUUCCAGAUCCCCAUAGGAUGAUCAGGGCCUAUUGCCAAUCAGUGGCCACUUUGAACCUAUUGCGGGCUUUUGCAACUGGAGGGUAUGCAGCCAUGCAAAGAGUCACUCAAUGGAAUCUAGACUUUACCGAGCACAGCGAGCAGGGGGACAGGUAUCGUGAACUGGCUCACCGAGUAGAUGAGGCAAUGGGGUUCAUGGCUGCAGCUGGUCUCACAGUUGGUCACCCUAUUAUGACAACUACAGAUUUUUGGACAUCUCAUGAGUGCUUGCUCUUGCCUUAUGAGCAGGCACUCACUAGGGAGGAUUCAACCACCGGGCUUUACUAUGACUGCUCCGCGCACAUGCUUUGGGUUGGGGAACGAACCCGCCAGCUUGAUGGUGCUCAUGUUGAAUUUUUAAGGGGAGUUGCUAAUCCUCUUGGAAAAGGUGUUAGUGAUAAGAUGGAUCCUAGUGAGCUAGUUAGGCUCAUUGAAAUUCUAAAUCCUCUGAACAAGCCUGGCAGAACAACAGUCAUCGUAAGGAUGGGAGCUGAGAAUAUGCGAGUGAAACUUCCCCAUUUGAUCAGGGCGGUUCGCAGAGCUGGGCAGAUUGUAACUUGGGUUAGUGACCCCAUGCAUGGGAACACCAUUAAAGCUCCUUGUGGACUGAAAACUCGUUCCUUUGAUGCCAUUAGGGCUGAAGUGAGGGCAUUCUUCGAUGUGCAUGAUCAAGAAGGUAGCUAUCCUGGAGGAAUUCAUUUAGAGAUGACGGGGCAGAAUGUGACUGAAUGUGUUGGAGGCUCAAGAACUAUAACCUAUAAUGAUUUGAGUUCGCGCUAUCACACCCAUUGCGAUCCGAGGCUGAAUGCUUCUCAAUCUCUAGAGCUCGCCUUCAUUAUCGCAGAGCGGUUAAGAAAACGAAGGCUUGCAUCAAGGAAGCUUAUGGGCUCCCGUUGAUCGUAUAUUUAGCUGGUUUUCUUAGAGAAGAUGGAGGAAUGGAUUUUGAUGCUAUAUAUCUAUGCGAUAUAAGACUAUAGUUACUAUUUAGGGUUCGUAAAAUGAUUUUGAAUCGGCGUUUUGCUCGAGAGGCAGGUAAUGAUAUGAACGUGGUUUGGUUUUUAA